UCCCUUGCCCUUCGCACUUCACCACCAUCGUCCCCUACAGUCGUAGCACACUUACUGCUUAAGAUAUCCUAAAACCUGUUUUCUUAUCAUGGCGCCGAACUCUCUUCGUUCCUGGUGGCGUUCGCUGCGGCGUUCUCAACCUCCGAGUGGCAAUGCUGGUAUAUUACUCCCCACUGAAGCCACACAUUCAGUUUCCCCGCAUGCAGUCGUCCCUACGCCGGCUUCAGACUAUCGCUUAGAUCCUACAGAGGCUAAAAUGCAGAUUGAUCGCAUCCCUCGUUUUCGCAUUCUUGUCAUGGGCAGAGCAAAUGCGGGUAAAACAACUAUUUUACAGCGGGUCUGUAACACUACGGAUCAGCCUGAGAUCUUCGAUGGAAACGGAGUGAAGGUAUGUGCGUGCGCUAUGGGCUUCAUGUUUGUCAACCUGUCAUUCUGCCAGGUUAAUUCUGGGGUGGUGCAGGGUUCACUAUCGCGUGGUGUCCAUACCAUUGAGGAUGAGCUGGUGUUUCAAAGUAACCAACAGUUUGUGUUCCAUGACUCGUGCGGAUUCGAGGCAGGGGAGGAGGCAGAGUUUGAUAAGAUGAAGAAAUUUGUCACAGAACAUGCCAAGGCCACCAAACUGGAGCAGAGAAUACAUGCGAUUUGGUAUUGCAUUCCUUUGAAUGAAAGGCAUAGGAUGGUCACAGCUGCUGAAAUGAAGUUCUUUAAUGAGUGUGAUUCAGGGCAUGUUCCUGUGAUUGUGCUACUAACAAAGGCAGACACUUUGAGUCUUGAUGCAUUUCAGGAGCUUAAGAAAAAGGGGUCAACUGUAGAUGAUGCAAGGAAAAGGGCUCCAGAAGUAGGAAAGGAGGUACAAAAGUGCUGCCUGGACAAGGUCAAGGAUUGGCUGGAUAAACUGGCAGUUUCCACCUCAAAACUACCUGGUGCUUACCAGUAUGCAACAGAAGGGUGCAGAUUGUGAAAGAGCUGUUGAAAUGCACAGCAAGUGCAUUGACAGA